AUGCCUAACGAAUUCUACGUGGAGGAGAACUUGUCUGGAAAGCAAUUGAAUCACCAAUCAGCGUCUUUGGUAGUUCCUCAAAUAUUUAGAAAUAAGGUAUCGUCAUGCAUGUAUUAUAAAUUUAAUUUAACGCCCGCAAGUUUGAGGGGAGAUACCAUUGUCGAACUUAUACCUGUUAUUGUGAGAGAUUUCGGGACUAUGGAUGAGCGGAAAACCCCGCAUGUGACUGUCUUAGGUGGUAUAGAGUUCAAAUGUCUAUUGAUGAAAUUGAUCAACCUGCGACCUCCGUGGGAACAACUAAAAGUAUUACUAGAACCGCAUGAACCCUUAAACAACAAGUAUAUUGCAGCACUGGUAUUAUGUUAUAUGAGAAUCUCGUAUUAUUUCUUAACUGAGAGUAAUCCUUCCGAGCAAGAUAUAUCGUUCAAUUUAUUACAUGAUUUAAUGAAGAAAUAUAUACUUGAUCAUAGAAAAUUAAAAAGUUACUCGUUAGAUAUGGAUUGUUGGUCAUCAUCGAUUAAAAAAGAGAUUAAAUUGAUACAUUUCGAUGAGUUGAUAGACUGGUUAUGCGACAGGAAUGAAAUUUGGGGCAUCCCCUUAGGAAAAUGCAAUUGGUGUAAAAUAUGGGACGAUGAAGAGGACGAUGAGAGCUCAAGCGACUCGGACUCCAGCUCUGAUCCAAGAGAUGACAGUGAUCAAAUUUGA